AGGAAGGAAGCCUUUGGCAACACAAUCGCGGCAAAAUCGGUUCAAAAUUUUAGCUUGCGAGCUAUAGUUAGCCACUACAUGCACCUUCGUAUUGUCUAGUUACAUUUAGGCGUUUGCAAUCAUGGACGACUCAUUAUUGUUUCGUAUGAGUGCGUUUUCCGAGCAAGGAGGGAGAAAAUACAUGGAGGAUGUUAUCGAGAUAAGAAUCGAGUACGAGCCUACCGCGUCGGCAGACGAAGAUUACCAAAAGUCGCAGAGAUAUGGAGGACUGGAAAAAGCGGAGAGUGAACCUACGGAACAGACUGUAAACAAGAAACAUGGGUAUAAUGAAUCCGGUCCUGCUACUGCUGUGUGGGUAGAGAGUUUAUCAGAUGAAGAAAAGGGCAGCAUCAGCGCCCAAACAGACGGGGAGCAGGUAGUUGACACACGAAAGUCUGUGGCGUUUUUCGCUGUUUUUGAUGGUCACGGCGGUCGAGAAGCAGCACAUUUUGCAAGUGAGCAUCUGUGGGAUUUAUUGAAAAGACAGCGAGGAUUUUGGUCAAAGAAUCACGGGGACGUGUGUGCUGCUCUACGGAAAGGCUUCAUCGCCUGUCACCAUGCAAUGUGGAAAGAGCUACCGGAGUGGCCCAAGACCAUCACUGGCCUGCCCAGUACAUCAGGCACCACAGCUAGUGUUGUUGUGAUUCGUGGAGUUCACAUGUACGUUGCUCAUGUCGGGGAUUCGGCAGUAGUAGUUGGAGUUAAAGAAAAUGACGCUGAUAUCACGCUCCAGGCGCUUGAAAUAACACAAGACCACAAACCUGAACUUCCUAAAGAAAAAGAAAGGAUCGAACGACUGGGAGGCAGUGUUAUGAAGAAAUCUGGGGUGAAUCGUGUGGUGUGGAAGAGACCCAGGCUGACACAUAAUGGCCCUGUAAGGAGGAGUACUAUUAUAGACCAGAUUCCGUUCCUUGCUGUAGCACGAUCCCUCGGUGAUCUGUGGAGCUAUGAUUUCUACAGUGGAGAAUUUGUGGUUUCUCCAGAACCUGAUACCACAGUGAUGACCCUCGAUCCUAAACGGCAUCGCUAUAUCAUUCUUGGCAGUGAUGGACUCUGGAACAUGAUGCCACCCAAGAAUGCUGUUAAUAUGUGUUAUAGCCAUGAUAAAAUGGUGGGACCAAAGGGAAUGUCUUGUGCCCGGAGGCUGGGAUGCACAGCACUACUGUUUUGGAAGGAGCGCAUGCUCCGUGCAGACAACACAACAGUCAUCGUGCUGGCGCUGCAGGAGCGUGGAGGACCACCCAUCCCUAUGCACCGAGAUGAAAUUGUUGUUGACAUGGCAACUGGAAUUGACCAAAUUCCAUACCCCGGAACUCCUUAUAACACAUGUGAAGUCCAGAAGCCGAGUGAUCCACUUGAUGCUCCCUCCCCAUUCAAAGACAGUUCCAGGACCCUGGAGCAGGCAUUUGGGCUGUAUGAAGCAACGUUUUGUGCCACCACGCAACUCUUACCUGAUGCUGAGACUGUGAGGACCACUCUGCCCCCCUCAGAUGGUUCAGUGAAUGUUUUCGAAAAGCAAGACCCAACCACCCAGAUGGACUGUGCUACUUCUGCUGCUCCAUUAAAAAGGUCCCGUCGUUCCUCUCACAGGCCCCAUGAACUCAAAGGUCCAUAUUGUCGGCUCGGUCAACCCCCAAGCAAAAGUUUGUCUCAGAAGACGCUUUGCAGCAAAACAGAGAGCGAACAACCGCUUCAGUCUCAUGAUGAAAAUACGGGAACAAGCUCCUCUGAGGAAGAUGGAAUUCUACCACAGCGCCACAGUUCUGCCCUGUGUGUGUGCUGAAUCUCAUUUGGUUCUCAACACCGUAAUAAUAAUAAUAAUCUGCCCGUGUCAGUUUUGCUUUUGUUUCCGGUGUGUCACAAACCUGUAAGGUGUAUGCUUUUUAUACGAAGUUGUGUUUUCUGUAAAUAUCUGAGAAGUGGGGAUUGUAAAUGUAUUGCCGUUUUGCCCUUCUUUUACUCCAUCUUUAAAUAUUAGUGUUGGAAAUGUAAAAUCUUUAAACCUGCCCAGUCUAUUCUAUUUUGAUAUUUUCAAGUAUGUACAGUACAUCCAAAGGCAUAUUUUUAAGCAGACACAUCACUGUUAUCUGACAUAACUUUAUUUCAGUUUAAUUGGGACCUGGAUGAUUUUCCACUUGUAUCAAAUGAACAAUCUAUUUUAGAUUAAUUUUACUUAAUGGGUGAUUUGACAACCCAGCUUCCCUUUGGCAUGGGUUGUUUAAAUCCUUGGAUUAGAUAUGAUCCCUUGCGAUUUUUUAUUGUGGAGCUUACACUGCUCAGACGACCCUUGGCAGUGCUGUAGGCUGUAAGCCUGGAGGUGAGGUGAUUAUGCGGGUACUGAAAUUGAAUCUAUGUAGUUUUAUGUCUAAUUAUGAUCCAUCAAGAUAAUUAUUGUUAUCAAUGAAAUGAUGGAUCAUUUGUUAUAAGAAGAGUACAUCCAAAUCAGAAAAAGAAGCAUCAUACAUCAUUUUGUGCUAUCAAUCCAUCAAAACAGAUGUUUAUUUUGGGUGACCUUUUUCCUCUUUUCUGUAUUUUUACUUAUACUUUUAUACUGUGCCAUUCCAAGCGCCUUCAUUUAGUUAGUUUUCAUCAGGUCAAUGAAAUGUCAGUUUUGAUAUUCCAAAACCGUGGACCUCAUUAGAAAUACAAUUGCUGAGAAGUUGGUUUCAAGAAUGGAUGUUAUUAGCUUUAUCUGGUAAAAUCAGUUCAUGUUCACAAUGCACUACACAACUUUAGCACGUCUUCCUUUGUUGCUGUUUCUUUUGUGGCUUUUGCAUCCAUUACCUGUGCUUUAAUCUGCACAGAAAACACUUUAUUGUAUGUAAGUGCCAUUGUUGUGAAAUUAAUCAAAGUUCUAACUUGUGUUAAUAUGGCAGCUCAGUUUUUGCAGUGGCCAUUUUUUUUUUUUUUUUUUUUGUCAUAUCUUUUACAUAAAAAAUGUUAUAAUUUCCUUAGCCCACCUGAGUCGGAGGUACAUUUAAUGUGUAUUUAUAAUUGGGACCUGAAAAGAUGAUAAUUAGUUAUAUCUACAUAUAUAUGGCUGCAUCCCAGCCUCAACCAUUUAGCAUGCACCUUCUGUUACGUCAUGCUAACUGUUUUAUUGCUGCAAACUGAACCUGCCCCAUGUGCUUAGUGUUCUUAAUUUAUUUAGAGAAGUUUUUGUAUAGUCCGUCAAUAUGCAAUAGAAGUUUGUACAGUAUAUUAUUAUGCAAAAUAUCUGGGUUUUUCAGAACUCCGGCAUGCUCAGAUCUACUCUAUUUUGUGAAUUGUCCCCAGGUAAUGGAUGUUAUUGGGCAUGUGGUGUGUUUUGACAGUAAAAUACCUUGGUCUGACUUUAUAUCCACUGCAGCCAAUUUUCAUGGCUUACUGUGUAAGUAACAUACUUUGAAAAGUGACAGGAUAUAUAAUGUCUGUGUUGUAAUAAAGU